AUCCGAGUCCUAAUUGUUGCAUUUUUGUCUAAUAGCUCACAAACUGUCCAGGACUACUGCUGUGCACUUGGUCUUUGUUACACUGACGUCCCCUCCUCGUUCUAGGCCCGUUAACGAUAAACAGCUUGCCACUAGCUCUGUUGUAAUGGUCAAUGGCGCUGGAAGCAUCUACAUGAGCGUUCAUAGCAUGGAUACGAUGUCUUAUACCAUACCGCUCGGCGUGAUCCGUUUGCUUUCGACUGCUACAACUACGUCCUAUUGAAGGACCUUUGUGAACCCUGUCAUGGCUCACGCACGAGAUGCUCUGUGGGCUAGCGGCCACGAUGAGUCCGUCGAAGUCAACCAGAGAGCUCUGAUAGACAAAGUUCUUGCUCGGUACUCCGGAGAGUUCACAGUGUUCCGCGAGUUGCUUCAGAACUCAGAUGACGCGAGUUCUAAGGCUGUUGAGAUCCAUUUUGAGAGCAAAGCGCACAUCAGCAUGGGAGGAGCAACCGAGGCACAGGAUGCACAAGGCCCUGGCGAUGGUAUGCCUGAGAAGCUGCGAGACUUGAAGACAGCAGUUGUUCAUCAAUGGACAUUCAAGAAUAAUGGGACGACAUUCCAGGAUGAAGACUGGAGUCGUCUUAAGAAGAUUGCGGAAGGGAAUCCUGAUGAAGAGAAGAUUGGUGCAUUUGGGGUGGGGUUCUACAGCUUGUUCUCUGUCACCGAGGAACCGUUUGUAACAUCUGGUGACCAGUGGAUGGGUUUCUAUUGGAAGGGAGGCAAAGAUCAACUCUUUGCCCGCCGAGGCAACCUGCCUGAAGGAGAGCACGGCCAAUGGACCACAUUUAGCAUGCCGCUACGCGAGCCAGGCCCGCCGCCGAUACCCUUUGACUUCAUACGAUUUUUGGCAUCUUCCAUCACCUUCAUGGCACGUCUUUCUGAAGUCAGUGUAUUCUUCGAUGGUCGCCGGUUAGCUAGGCUGAAGAAGGACCGUGGUAUCCCGAGACCGAUUGGCCUCAAAAAGGGUCUGAAGACCGAAACAAUCAAGGGAACAAUGAAGGUUAUUGGGGUUGAUGUUAUGCCCCUGCAUAUUAAAGCAGAAGUGAUGCAGUGGAUCUACGAGGCCGGGUCUUCAGCGAAACAACGGAAGCGCGUCGUUGUUGGAGAACAACAACAAGCUCGCAGAGCCGUGACAUCUGGGUUCUUCUCAUCUCUCUUCUCUUCCUUUUCCAGCACCCCUCAGCGAGCACCUUCCCCUAUGCUUGCUCCUGAGUCUGAGGGUGUGGAGAGGGAGGCGGAAGAGCAGAAGAAGCUUCUGACGGUGAAGGAAUUGAAUGUGACCCUGGCAGUGUUCUCGGCGGAGGUCGAGGUCCGUCUGGACGAGCGCAUGAAGAAGGAACUGCUUCGUGCCACAAAGAAAAAUCCGCCGACGCACAUGAAGUACGAGUUGAUUUACACCGGAAAAGAGGAGUACGAUGCUAGCAAGAAGGAAGACGAGCAGAGUCCUCUUGGCACUGGAAGCAUCUUCCAAGGCCUCCGCGCAGAUAUUGAUGGCACCGGCGCAGCUCGUAUAUUCAUUGGCCAUUCUACUGGUCAAACGACAGGUAUUGGGGGACACAUGUCAGCACGGUUCAUCCCAACGGUGGAGCGUGAAUCGAUCGACUUCAUGGAUCGUAACGUUCGUGUGUGGAAUGAGGAACUGCUGGGUGUGGGGGGGUAUCUUGCACGUACUGCCUACGAAGAAGAGAUGUACAGUAUCUCCUUCCUAUGGCCGAAGAGCGACCUCAGGGCACCGAAUGGCGUAGUGGAGGAGGAAGCCCAAAGGAAACUCUCUGCUCGGGCGCUCCACGCUAUGAAGUUCUUCACCUUCCAUGCAUCAACCCCAGCUGCACAAGCCUCUGCAUUGCUCGAAGAAGCGUUCUUCUCGUGCGUCUCUGUAUCUUCCCCAUUCUCCUUCAAGAUGGGCGAGCAGUCCACGCAUCCUUUCCCUGUUAUUUCUACGGUCGGCAUUCGUAGUACAUCCGAAGUUCGCUUGCCGAAUCCAACGUUCGCGGAAUUUCUCAAGCAGCUGCCGGUGCUCCCAGCAGAGGUUAUCGAGGACGCGAAGACGAUGAUUGAAACGCUGCGGGCACGCGAUAUGAUCAAGGAGAUUACCUUUACGGACGUCCUGAAGGAGCUGCGCGCGAGGCCAUUGCCAGAGGCGGAGAUGAUCGCGUGCUUUAAGUGGUGGAUUGACCUAUACAAAUCUGGCGCGACCAAGCAGACUGAGCGCGCCCGAGGAGAGCUGCUAAAUGCUGCUGUCGUCAUUGUUUGUUCUCCCGGGGGAGCAGACGAGAGGAUAAUACCUCUGAACACUAUCAAGUCUUUCCUAAAUAGCCGCGUUGCGUAUAUACCGCUCGAUGGUCCUCUGCCUUCAUACCUCCUUCCGCACAGCAUCAGCAGACACUUCGAUUCUCAGUGGCUGAAGGCAGCUUUUGGCUGGGAUGAGUUCCAUCUACCGGAAUGGCUCCGCCAUAUUCUUGAUCCACAGGUCAGGUCGUCGGACGCCGAACACGACAUCACCCUCUCAGCGUCCUGGGCCGAAAGAGUUUUACAGGUCUUUACGCGUGCCUGGCCGUCAUCGACCAAGGUCGUCCAGCAAGCAGUUGCCGAUCUACUCAAGAAUGUGCCUUGCGUGCCCACUAUUACCGGCAUGAAACUGCCAAGCGAAGUAUACUUUCAGAAUGCUCAUGUGUUUCCCGAUUUGCCCCUCGUCAAGCUGCCUUCCGGUGCGCCGAUCAAGGGCACGCUUGAGAAGGUUUUAGAGGCGCUUGGAGUACGGAAGCACGUCGACCUUCAAAUCAUCUUCAACCGGAUGAUCAAAACUGGAGACUGGUCUAUCAUUGACCUCAUCAAGUACCUGAUCGCUGUCCAAUCCACAUUAAGUGACGAUGAGAUCGAGCGGCUAAAACUAACCGCAGCAUUUCCGAAGGAACAGAGAGCCGAAGUACAGAAACAGCCACUGAAUGAACCAGUCAAGCCGGAAAGGUACCGCGCGAACCAGCUGUAUGAGCCGUCAGACCUAUUCCGAAAGCUUGCUCUGCCAGUCAUUGAUUGGGGCCAGAACAAGUGGAGGCCCUCUUCUGAAGAGGCGAAGUUCCUCUUUCGCUUAGGUCUGCUCAGGUCUCCUCCGCUGCAGACGCUGCUGGGUCUCGCUACCAGCUCGGAUGAAGAGAUACGGUCCCAGGCCUUGAAAUAUCUCCUUGAGAACCAUUCGACUCGGUACAAUGCCUACAACUCGGCGGACUUUGCCGAUAUCGCAUUCAUUCCCGCACUUCGGGAUGGUAGACCGUGCAUGGCAAAGCCGACUGAAGUUUUUGCUCGCCGAGACUGGAGCGUAAUGGGCUUCCCAGUUGCGAGCCCUACACUCUCCACGGAAGAUUUGAUCAAGUUAGGCAUUCGGGACCAUCCGCCAGCGAUGACUCUUGUGAAUCUGCUUACCACCGCGCCUCCACAGAAUGAGGAAAUCGCGAAACAGUGGUUCACUCUCAUGGCUGGCCGUAUAACGGAAUUCACCCCAGCGCAACUACAGACGCUCUCUCAAUCUCUCGUUGUACCGGUGAAAUCGGAGGACAAACCUCUGCGGCUCAUGGCGCCUCGUCAGUGCUAUUUUCGCAACAGAGUCGAGACACAACAACUCCACUCAAAGCUGUUCACCUUUGUCGAUUUCGGGCUCACCGCUAAUCAAUUCCUAAGCGCAUGUGGUACCAAACGUGAGCCAACGGUAGAGGAGGUAGCACAGAUAUUGCUGGAUAACCCUCGUCACUUCUACACGAUGGCUGAAGGAAGGGAUAGCUUUCUGGCCGAGCUACGCAACAUCGCUGUCAACCGACGUCUGCUAUCCGGGGGCGUAUCUGCCCGUAUGAAGCGAUCUCCGAUCCUCCUUGGCAUUCGUCGUGUCAAACGUGAAAAGAAGAGAGAGUUUGACGAGGCCGACGAAGAAGAGGACUGGGAUUACGAAUACGAUCUCCUGCCUGCAGCUAAGGUGGUCAUUGCCGAUGAUACAAACGCUUAUCAACUAUUCGGCGAUGCAGUAUUCAGCUGUCCUCAAGAGGAUCUCUUAGAAGAUUUUUAUCAGGAGCUUGGCUCGCGCCGCCUCAGCUCAUUGAUCAAGGACGAACAUAAGCCGGCAACGGAGAUCAAGCAUUCAAAAAAAGCGCAGGAAACUCGGACGCUGAUUCUGGAGCGACUUCCACUGUUCCUGCACGAACACACACACACUCAGACUCGUGUCCCCUACUCUUGGUUGAAUCAGGAAAAGAAUUUUGCAGUUCGCACCUUCGGAAAGCUCACUGUCGUCAAGUCUCUUGCGUACGACCAGCUGCAGAUCAUCAAGAAUCAAGACUCCUCCGCCAUAGCAUUCAGGGAUGGGCGGGGACCAAUCCAGCUCUGGCUUGCCGGAAAUGAUGCCGUGGAUAUGUAUGAAGUCUCAACCUCUCUAUGUCGCCUCCUGUUCGAGCAUCCUCGAGCAAGCGACGCACUUCUUUUCAUGACUAUCCUUUCCACUGAUUUGAAGGCGUUGAAGCGAAGGGGCUAUAACGUCGACCGAAUUCUUCAGCGACAGAAGGCUCAACGGCAAGCAGCCGAAGGUCUUGCACGCGAGGCCGAAAAGAUGAGCCACACUGCGCUGAGGGAACCGGCGGUUCACGAUCCACCGCUGCCGUCGUUGGAGUUGCCUGGCCAAGACGACGAGGUCUCUCUCGUCUCAGAUUCGUCGACAGCGAUCUUGUCACAGGAUGGCACACGAUCAACGUUCCGGAACUCUAUUGACAACUGGAGGAAGAAGCUCACGGGCAAGUCGGGACCGUUAUUGCUCGGCUCGACACCCGAAAUGCAGCCGGCCUCCAUGAGACCAAGCAUUGAACAAGGCGACGGCGGGGGCGAUGCACUUCUACCUCCCUCAGGUCCGCCAAUAUCUCGGCCGGUCACUCCUUCAGGUCCGACACCUAUGCAUAACAUUGCCGCCAACAUUGACAUGGCCGUCCGCGCUUGUCGUGAGGAGAAGAGUGAGGUAUUUAUGAGCAAGACACAGGAGGAUAUAAAGGUUGUCAAGGAGUCGAUCAGCGAUAGCUACUGUGAUGCCUCUGGGCAGGCCCUCGACUUGGCCUACGUUGGUGAUAUGGGUGGUAUCAAAUUUUUCUUCAGCCGAGAUGUGAAACACCCUAAAGAGGUGAUGGCCAGGAAGAGGGAAGCCAUCGCUCGUUUCAUCCACGUCAUCAAGCCUCUUGGCGACGUGUACGGUCUUCCACGGUCGAGUUUGCAUAUCUUCUAUGACCUCACGAGUGGCACUAUCGCCUUCAAUCGUAAUGCCAGCAUUUUCUGCAACCUCAGAUUUUUUGAAGCCUGGCACGACGCUCAGGUCGAUCGGGGACAGAUGGCGGAGGCCUACACAUCAUGGUACUUUACGCUUGCACAUGAGAUUGCGCAUAACCUAGUUCAGCCUCAUAACGCAGAGCACGAGUUCUGGUUUUCAGCAGUUUGUGAACGCUUCAUACCAGCCUUCACUCGACUACUGGCUAGUCCUUCUCUCUAGAUCAUUCUAGAUGUGUCGCCUGAAGACCCUUCGUUUGGUCCAGUUCAUCAGCCAGCAUUGCACAUUGUUACAGUAGCAUAGAUCCUGUACAGUAUACAGUAUACAGUAUCCUCAUCUUUGGAUUCGUUUGCAUCCUCUUGCCUUGCCGGCGUACGUUUGACUCUUUAUUUGACUAUGCAGAUAAGCAUCGAAGCUUGCGCGGCAUCUCCGAGCUACGGCCCUACUGCGCCUCCCCGACCAAUGUCUCGACGAUCUCCACAGCCCGCCUGAACCUGGCUCUAUCUUCCUCUGUGGGUUGUACAGUGCUUGUACCGCCUCCACACCCUCCAGGGCCGCCGUUCAUCCACAUGAGAUCAUCACAGCCGAAUGCAAUACUCGUAUCCAACUUGUAAAUAUCCUCGCUACCCGGCGGUGAUUCGGUAGGAAUUGUCUUCAAGACGUUGUACAGUUCGUCAACAAGUUCGACCGUCUCGGGAUUCGACGCGGAGAGGGACUUGGGCGCAGCAUCCUGCAGCGAAGGUGUCCCGUCUGUGCGUACUGCGGUAGUGAUCUGUAGAUCGGAACGUUGGGGAGAUCCCGUCACUGUGAAGACUGCAUUAGGGGUCGGUGGUGCGAAUCCGCCGGCGAUGCCUACAGUUAGCAUUAUCAUCCACGUCUGGGUUUCAGUAUGCACUAUACUCAUUAUACUUACCUUUCUGUAGCCGUAAAGAGAAUUCUCUCGGCGCCAUGUUAAACUUUCUUCCAAGGCG